AUGGGAAAUUGUUGCUCUCACGGCCGUGACUCAGCCGAUAACGGAGAUGGUCUCACACAUGAAAACGGCGCCACCGCUGCCAACGCCGGAGCUCACACUACUCCGACUGCUGAGCCUUCUGUAGCACAAUCCAAACACGCCCCUCCUUCUCCUCCUCCUGCUACAAAGCAAGGUCCUAUUGGACCUGUCUUAGGCCGACCCAUGGAAGAUGUAAAAUCUUCAUAUUCUUUAGGGAAAGAGCUAGGCCGAGGCCAGUUUGGUGUGACGCAUCUCUGCACGCAGAAGGCAACAGGUCAGCAAUUUGCUUGCAAGACGAUUGCUAAAAGGAAGCUUGUGAACAAAGAAGACAUUGAAGACGUGAGAAGGGAAGUGCAGAUAAUGCAUCACCUGACUGGUCAGCCGAACAUCGUGGAGCUUAAAGGAGCUUAUGAGGACAAGCAUUCUGUGCAUCUGGUCAUGGAGCUUUGCGCAGGUGGAGAGCUGUUCGAUAGGAUCAUUGCUAAAGGACAUUACUCGGAGAGAGCAGCUGCUUCGUUGCUGAGAACGAUUGUUCAGAUUGUGCAUACUUGCCAUUCCAUGGGGGUUAUUCACAGGGAUUUGAAGCCUGAGAACUUUCUUUUGCUCAGCAAAGAAGAGAAUGCUCCUCUCAAAGCCACUGACUUUGGGUUGUCGGUUUUCUACAAGCCAGGAGAGGUGUUCAAGGAUAUUGUGGGGAGUGCUUAUUACAUCGCACCAGAGGUUUUGAAAAGGAAGUAUGGACCAGAGGCUGAUAUUUGGAGUAUUGGUGUCAUGUUGUAUAUCCUCUUGUGUGGUGUCCCUCCAUUCUGGGCUGAGUCGGAGAACGGGAUAUUCAACGCUAUCCUAAGGGGACAUGUUGAUUUCUCAAGUGAUCCAUGGCCAGCAAUUUCACCGCAGGCGAAGGAUCUUGUUAAGAAGAUGCUUAACUCUGAUCCCAAGCAAAGACUAACUGCUGCUCAAGUUCUCAACCAUCCAUGGAUCAAGGAGGAUGGAGAGGCACCAGAUGUUCCUCUUGACAAUGCGGUCAUGUCCAGGCUCAAGCAAUUCAAAGCAAUGAACAAUUUCAAGAAAGUUGCAUUACGGGUAAUAGCAGGUUGCUUAUCAGAGGAAGAGAUCAUGGGGUUGAAGGAGAUGUUUAAAGGUAUGGACACUGAUAGCAGUGGAACAAUCACACUCGAGGAGCUAAGACAGGGACUUGCUAAGCAAGGUACAAGGUUGUCAGAAUACGAAGUCCAACAGUUGAUGGAAGCUGCUGAUGCUGAUGGUAAUGGAACAAUAGACUAUGGUGAGUUUAUCGCAGCCACAAUGCAUAUCAACAGACUUGACAGAGAAGAACAUCUCUACUCAGCCUUCCAACACUUUGACAAAGACAACAGUGGAUAUAUCACAAUGGAAGAGUUGGAGCAAGCUCUCCGGGAGUUUGGCAUGAGUGAUGGCAGAGACAUUAAGGAGAUCAUUUCUGAGGUUGAUGGAGACAAUGAUGGUCGGAUAAACUACGAUGAAUUUGUGGCAAUGAUGAGAAAAGGAAACCCAGAUCCCAUCCCAAAGAAACGGCGUGACCUUUCAUUUAAAUGA